AUGAAAUUUCUGUUCUGGUUUAUCGCUCUUGUUUUUAUUGUUCAUGCCAUGACAGUUCACGCAUCGCCUAUCCGUGAAGUUAAAUAUAGCGAACUCAUGAAACGUUGUAAUGAUGGUGGUGCUGGUUGUGGCUCCGGUGAUGGUUGUAGCUGCGAUACAGAUGGAGUUAAUAAUUAG